AUGCAGAAAUUAAGAAUUCUAUCUAAAGAUUGCAACUUCAAAGCGGUGACUGCUGAACAACACAGAGAAGAGGCUAUUAGAGAUUCAUUUAUCAAUGGACUAGUUUCCAACAGCAUUCGAAAACGUCUUCUUGAAAAGGCUGUUUUGAGUUUAAAGGACGCCUUCAAGGAGGCUGGCUUACAAGAACAUGCUUAUCAGCACUCAUUACAAUAUGAAUCAUCACAGCUGGAAACUAAUUGUGCAGCAACUACUCUCACCAAUUCUUUGGCCACACCCUUGCCAAAUUCUUUGCCAUCCGGGCGUUACUCGACUAUUGCACUAAGGGCUAAAAAUCUUCCACUUUCCUGUGAUGACGUCAGAACUGUGAUAGAACAAUGUCAAACUUGUGCAGAGCUGAAGUCCCGUUUUUUUAGACAGCCGAACGGAGAGCUGAUUAAAGCAACUCAACCUUUUGAGAGAGUUAGUAUGGAUUUCAAGGGACCUCUCACUUCUGUUUCAAGAAAAAGAUAUCUACUUACCAUUAUAGAUGAAUUCUCUAGAUUCCCAUUUGCAUUUCCCGAUAUGUCUUCCUCUACGGUUGUUAAAUGUCUCAAUGAACUAUUUGCUGUAUUUGGAUUUCCAGCGUAUGUCCACAAUGACAGGGUAACAGAGGUGCAGCAUUUCCUCCACGAGAGAGGAAUCGGGACUAGUAGUACGACCCCUUACAGUCCAAGAGGAAACGGACAAAUAGAGAGACUUAACAGGACUUUAUGGAAAGCCAUCACUUUGGCUUUACAUUCUAAGGAACUGUACAUAGCUGAAUGGGAACUAGUACUAAAUGAUGCUCUGCAGUCCAUCCGGUCAUUACUAUGCACUUCAAAUAACAGGACACCACAUGAACGACUUCUUGGGUUCAACCAAAGAAGUGGUUCCGGGACAUCUCUGCCAACAUGGCUGAAGAAGAAUGUCAUUGUCUAA